AUGGCUGCGGUGGUGGCUUCAAUCUUACUGCUCCUGAGCGCACUUAUACCGCCCACCAUUUCCGUAGGCCCAGCCCCCAACCAAAUCAAGAAUCUUGUAACGUUUGGCGACUCCUACACCGAUGUUGAUGCUCACGCGGAUGGCGGGAUCAUGUGGCCCGUCUUCGCCGCUCAAGAUGGGAACUUCUCUCUCUUCCCAUUCGCCAAGUCCGGGGCCACAUGCUCGAACAACAUCACCUUCAUCCCCACGCCCUCCGUCUUCGAAAGCCAGCUCCCGUCUUACUUCGCGGAGGUCGCCAACGGAUCCCUCGAGCUCGACCCGACAACGACGGUCUACACGCUGUGGAUCGGAACGAACGACGUCGGCGUGGCAGGACUGUUCGUGGGACAUGGCUCGCCGGGAGUGACGGUCGUGGACACGGUCACUUGUGCGGUGAACUGGGUGGACGUGCUCUACAAGUCUGGCGCGCGCAACUUCAUCUUCCAGAACAUGAUCCCGCUGGAGAACACCGUCCUGUACGCGCCCGACUCGUACCCGAACCACAUUUGGUCGGCGGAGCGCAACACGACUGAGUGGAGCGUCUUCAUGCGCGAGCUCACGACGUCCGGGAACGCGAUCGCGAAGCUCAUGCUCCAGGCCCUCGCACCUACCCUCCCGGGGGCCCACGUCGGCCUGUUCGAUUCGCACACGCUCUUCGCGGACAUGUUUGCCCACCCUGAACGCUUCCUGAACGGCACCGCGCCGCUCAACGUCACCGGUGCCGUCCACUCGUGCGUCUUGCAGCUGAACGAGAGCACGAGCGACCCGGGCGUGUGCACCGACGCCGUCGGCACCGACCAGGACAGCUUCUUGUGGUUCGACGAGCUGCAUCCCUCGGUGCAGGCAGAGCGCGUCGUUGCGAAGUUGAUCGCGAGUUCGAUCCACAGGGAACCGUCGGCGGACAGGUACAUCACUUGGUUGUCGUGA